AACUAACUACAGAGUGACAGACAGAAAGAGUUAUAGUUUUUAUAGUCCAACAGUGGACACUGGACAGACAACAUGGGAGGCUCCGCCCUACCUGAAACUCAAAACGUAGCAUUGAACUUUCUUGUUUUUGUCGCCUUCCUUCGCUUUUAACGUGAAUUAGCCUGUGUUGCAAUUCCACACUCACUUCGAUUACGAUUACAUCCUCUGGUGUGCCAAUGGCAGCUUCUUCUUUCUCCAACGCAUUGUUUUCUCCCAUUUCUGCUCCGUCCAAACCAAAACCCCUUUCCUCGCAACCCAAAUUUUCACUUCUCAAAUUCCCCAACACUAGAUCCCGUCACUUCCCUACCCCCUUGAGGAAAACGACGUCGCUCACCACCUUUUGCUCCUCGGAUAAUGCUAAUGCUCCUCAACACGACACCCCCAUUGAAUUAAGGUAUCCCGCAUUCCCUACCGUCAUGGAUAUCAAUCAGAUUCGUGAUAUUUUGCCCCAUAGGUUUCCUUUUCUUCUGGUGGAUAGAGUGAUUGAAUACAAUCCUGGAGUUUCUGCAGUGGCCAUAAAGAAUGUGACAAUAAAUGACAACUUCUUUCCUGGACAUUUUCCUGAAAGACCAAUCAUGCCUGGUGUUCUAAUGGUCGAGGCAAUGGCACAAGUUGGUGGGUUGGUCAUGUUGCAACCUGAAGUGGGAGGUUCUCGUGAAAACUUCUUCUUUGCUGGAAUAGACAAAGUGCGAUUUCGUAAGCCUGUGAUUGCAGGGGAUACCUUAGUUAUGAGAAUGACACUUACUAAGCUGCAAAAGCGAUUUGGAAUUGCCAAGAUGGAAGGGAAGGCAUAUGUUGGAGGUGAAGUUGUAUGUGAGGGUGAAUUUUUGAUGGCGAUGGGGAGCGAAUAAGUAGACAGAUCCUUUCAACUGGAAUAGAGUUUAUUUUCUUGCAUCUCUUAAUUAAAUGCUUCUGCUUUUGAAUGCAGAACAUUGUGAACAUUUAAUUUAAUGUAUGCAUUUUCAAUGAAAUCUAACUGAACAUUUGGUUCUAUUUAGUGCGAGAUUAUCUUUGCUGGAUAACACAUUGUCAUUUGACCUUGUGUUCUCUUAUUUGUUUUCA